UGCAUUUGAUAUCAUUUGAAUUUUGUCUCGAGCUCUCAGUGAAAAAACGUUGAGCUGCACCGGGAUCCGUGAUUGGACCGCCCGGGCCACGUGACCGCCCCUUUCUGAUAAGCGGCCAUAUUUGUCAAGCCCAUUCUUUCAUUCGUUUGCAGCACAAACUUUUUAGUUUACAAUGGCGACCGCCACUUCCACCCCGGCCGGCCAGAGAAUAAGCACCCGAUCCAGCAGCGGGACCCCUCUGAGCCCCACCAGGAUCAGCAGACUGCAGGAGAAAGAGGAUCUCUGCAACCUCAACGACCGCUUGGCCACUUAUAUCGACAAAGUCAGGAGUCUCGAGUCAGAGAACAGUGUUCUUCACCUACAGAUUUCUGAAAAGGAAGAGGUGAGGAGCCGGGAGCUGACCGGCCUCAAGUCUCUGUAUGAGAACGAGCUCGCAGACGCGCGACGCUCUUUAGACGACACCGCUAAAGAACGAGCCAGGCUUCAGAUCGAGCUGGGAAAACUCCGAACCGAGCAUGAUCAACUCCUGCAGAACUAUUCUAAAAAGGAUGCAGACCUGGCUGGAUGUCAGGCCCGGCUGAAGGAUUUGGAGGCAUUAUUGAACACUAAGGAGGCCAGUCUGGCCACCGCCUAUUCUGAGAAGAAAGGCCUUGAGGCCAUGCUAGCAGAUCUGCAAGCCCAGAUCCAGGAGCUGGAGGCCGGACUGAUUUCAGCUAAGAAGCAGCUGGGAGAUGAGACUCUGCAGAGGGUGGAUGUGGAGAACCGCUACCAGAGCCUGGUGGAGGAACUUGAGUUCCGCAAAAACAUGUUUGAAGAGGAAAUUAAGGACACCCGGCGCAGGCAUGAGACCCGUCUGGUUGAAGUGGACUCCGGUCGCCAGAGUGAGUACGAGUUCAAGCUUGCUCAGGCCCUGGCAGACAUGAGGCAGCAGCAUGAUGAUCAAGUAAAACUGUACAAGGAAGAGAUGGAGCAGACUUAUGUGGCCAAGCUGGAGAACGUACGACUGUCUUCAGAGAUGAACAGCAGUUCAGCAAGCAUGGCACGAGAAGAGCUGAAGGAAUCUAUUAUGAGAGUUGAGAGUCUGUCAGCUCAGCUGGCCAGCUUGCAGAAGGAGCCAGGAAAGAGAGACAGGAGUGACAGCAGCUGCACAGUAGGAGGAGUGAAACAGGAGCAGACACGUGGCUGGCAGGAUCGCAUCAAUGACCUGGAGGCUGCUCUGGCCCAUGAGAAGGAUCUGAGCCGCAAGAUACUGGCUGAUAAAGAGCGUGAGAUCGCGGAGAUCCGAGCCAAGAUGCAGCAGCAGCUUGAAGAGUAUGAGCAGCUGCUGGAUGUCAAACUGGCCUUGGACAUGGAGAUCAAUGCUUAUAGGAAGCUACUGGAGGGCGAGGAGGAGAGAUUGAAGCUUUCUCCUAGCCCAUCGUCUCGUGUGACCGUGUCUCGAGCCUCGUCUAGCCGUAGCGUUCGCACUACACGUGGGAAGAGGAAGCGUGUGGAUGUGGAGGAGUCAGAGGCCAGCAGCAGUGUCAGCAUCGCCCACUCAGCCUCUGCCACUGGCAAUGUCAGCAUCGAUGAACUGGAUGUGGAUGGCAAGUUCAUCCGUCUGCACAACAACUCCGAUCAGGACCAGGCAAUGGUAGGGUUUGAGCUGACCAGAAUUAUUGGAGAAACUUCUGCUACCUACAAGUUUACUCCCAAAUAUGUCCUGAAGGCAGGACAGAAAGUCACAAUUUGGGCAUCUAAUGCAGGUGUGAGCUCCAGCCCUCCCAAUGACCUCGUCUGGAAGAACCAGAACUCGUGGGGCACUGGCGAGAACAUCAAGGUUGUCUUGACCAACCCAGAAGGAGAGGAAGUUGCUGUAAGGAGUACAGUGUUCAAAACUGCCACAGUAACAGAGGAAGAGGAUGAUGAGGGAAUGGAGGCCAUUGAGGAAGAACUCUUCCUUCAGCACGGAGAACCACAAAGAGAGGGUGCCAAGAGAGGCUGCUUGAUCAUGUGAGAGCGGUAACACUACACAUCACCCAACUCUUCCACUACAGCCAGGUUCAGCUGCCAACUCUACAACCACCUCAGAACUAUUUUUGUAUCACUUCUGUAUAAUAAACCAAGUGAAGUUUUUUUUAAAUUUUUUUUUAUUUCUCUUUGGUUUUAAUGGAUUGUAAACCUUUUUGCUACAUUUCUAUUUCAAUUUUAUAUGUGAAUUCACAAAUGCUUCACAACUUUCUUUCUAUGAACCAAAAUCUAGCGAUCAGUGGAGGACUGUAGUGAGACUGAGAGCUCUGUGAGAAGUAGGCAGCUUUUGCAUAAUUACCAAGUCCUUCAGGUGCUGUGAUCUUACCUUAAUUUGUGGAUCUUCAAACAUGGCAUUUUAAGGGUCUCUUUAUAGAAAAGUUAUAAUUUUAUACUAGUUUUGUAGUUUUUAGUCAGUCACGUCUUGUGUAUAAUGGAAUGUAGACUAAAUUUACACAUUUGAAGGUAAAACCAGGCUGAUUAUCAUCAGUUUUAAAGAGCAAGUUGCUGGAUAUAAUAAAACUGCUGGUUCUUAAACUCAAGGACUCUUUGAAAUGCAGUGCACCAUAAGGUGUCAGUCUAGAGUCAAAUUUGUUAUUGGUGUCUUUUUUUUUUUUUUUUCUCUCUCUCCUUUUGAAUACUGAUUAGGUGAUGUAGACUGGGCCAGUUUUUUUUUUUCUACUCUUGACUGUGCCAGCAUGCUAACUUGAUCCAUGGAAUUACUCCCUAGCAGAUACAAGUAAUUGAGAAGUUUGAGAAGAAACAUGGAGACUAGCAUAAUGUUCUUGAGCUAAUCUUUGCCAGCAGUGUAUGUAAGGAGUCUAAAUUGGCUACACUAUCUCACAAGACACUAAAGCAGUAGAUUGUAUCGGUGUCAUUUAUAUUUAAUUACCUCUUAAGAAUUAGUCUUGGGUGAGCUUGCUUCUUAUUUUAUUCCAGUUUGUCCCUCUUAUCUAACUCUGAAUGAAUAGUUGUAUGCCUAUAUUUUGCUUUCAUUUUAACCUUGAGUAGAUUUGUGGGUUGUCUUUCAUGUCACUUGCAUGCUUUUACUCUAAUCUUUACCGUUUGUAAGGCAAAAUAAAAUUUUGUUGUAUUUUC